GAUAUACUCCCAAGGAAUUUAACACACAAUAACCCCAAAAUUCUUCUCUUCUUCUUCUUCUUCUUUUCCAUUUCAUCCAUUGCCUUUCUUGAAUUCUUUUUUUUUUUUUAAUUAUUUUUAAAAAUAUAUUUAUAAUAUUCCCUUCUUCUUCUUCAUACUAACAUAUCCACUAUUAAAAGAAGAUAAAAGAACUUCUUUUUCCUCUCACUUUUUUUUUUCCUUAGCUCCCAAAAUCAAACUUGAAGUUUGUACUUCUUUUUGGUUUCUUCCUUUUUCUACAUCUAUUGUUUGUGUUUUUGUUCAACUUUCUGCUAGGGAUAUUAUUAUUAUUAUUAUCAUAAAUUUGGGGUUUUGGUGUUAAAGUUAAAGCUCACUCAAAGCAAAAACAACAAGAAGAAAAAGAAAAGUUGUUACUAUUUUAGAAAAAUAUUAAAGGAAAACAUUCUUGAAAAUCUUGUAAAGAUGCCCUUAGAAGGGGCUUUCAUUGAAACCCCAUCAUCUACAAAGCCAAUUCCUGAUCUUUCUCUCAACAUUAGUCCACCAAAUAGUUUAGACCACCACCACAACCACCAGAGUGGUGGUGGUGGUCGUUGUUGUGUCAGUGAAGUGGGUGAAAAUCAUGAGAGAUUAGUAACGGAGUUCAGUAAGACAACUGGCAGUAGUAAUUGCCUUACUGAACUCUCGUUAGCUCAUCCCACUAACACUACUACUACCACCAUUACCACAACCGUCACCAACGCCAUCACCAAUGAUGACAUGACAACAACAACAAGAAGGGGUACUUUUUUAGACCACCUACCAAGAAACCCUUAUUACAACAACCACCAGCACCAAUACCAAAAUUAUAGCCAUAUGGUUCAACCAAUGAACCAAAUAAAUCAUGGGGUAUCGUCGUUAGAUGUAUCAGACGGUUUACGCCCUAUCAAGGGUAUCCCAGUGUACAAUCACAACCGUUCAUUUCCUUUCUUGGCUUCAACUUUAGACAAAGAGAAAGAUCCAAAGAUGUGUUUUUACCCAUCACCGUCAUCAUCAUCAUCUUCUUCUUGUUCGCCUUCGCCUUAUUUCAAUAGUAGGUUUAAUGGGAUAUCAUCAUCGGCGUAUCACAUGCCACAUCAUCAUCAUCAUCAUCAUCCUCUUCCAUAUCAUCAUCAUAGUCAAUAUGGUCAUGUAGGAGGAUUAGGUCAUUCUCAUCAUGAUAACAUUGCAAAUUCUCAUAGUUUGAUGAGAUCAAGAUUCUUACCAAAACUUCCAACUAAAAGAAGUAUGAGAGCACCAAGAAUGAGAUGGACUAGUACUCUUCAUGCAAGAUUUGUUCAUGCUGUUGAGCUUCUUGGUGGACAUGAAAGGGCAACACCAAAAUCAGUGUUGGAGCUAAUGGAUGUGAAAGAUCUUACUUUAGCUCAUGUCAAAAGCCAUUUACAGAUGUAUCGCACUGUUAAAACAACUGACAAACCUGCAGUUUCCUCUGGGCAAUCAGAUGGAUCAGGAGAAGAUGAUCUCUCAACAAUAGGGUCCACGGGAGGCGGCGACCGGGCGGGUCUAUGCCGGUUUAUGGAUCAGAGAGGAGGAUCAGAUGGAUCUUUACAACCCGAACCAGAUUAUCCGUCUACUGCAACCCAUACUCUUUGGAGUAACUCUUCAAGUAGUAGAGAAGGAUGGUUACAAGCUAACUCAAAUGAUGCAAAUGUCCUUAUGAGAUCACAUAGUUUUCCAUCUCAACAAAGAUUAAGCCACCAAAUAGAGGAAUGUAAUUCAUCAAGGCCAAAAAGCUACAAUAUAAGUUCCAAUUUGGAUCAUCAAAAAAAUCCAAGUUUGGAAUUUACAUUAGGAAGACCAGAUUGGAUUGAAAAGGAGCAAGAUUGAAAAUAUAAAAAUCGUAUCGUUUGAAUCAAAGCAUGAGCAUCUGCUAUUAAGACGAAAUUAUAUAUCACUCUAAUUUGAUCUUGAUUAUUUAGUUGAUCAUUAAAUUUUGUGUAUCUUCUCAUUUUCUGUAAUUUUGAAAUAGAAGAGAAGGUAUUAUGAAUAUGAAAAUAUUAACAGAUUAUAUAUAUAAAAAGAAAGCAAAAAAGAAAAAGAAAGUGGAGAUGUCUUAUUUAUUUAUUACCUUAGGUAACAUAGCUAAUUUAAUUUUAUUUAAUUUUUUUUUUUUAGGUUUUCGAUUUCAUAUUUUAACCUAAGUGGUUAACGUUUUUUUUUUUUUUUUUUUUCAUAUCUUGAUGGUAAUUUUUUUUUUUUAUAUUAUCAGUGUAAUUUUAACUUAUAUUAUGACGUGUCAUUGCGAUGUUUAUAUGAAGUUACACAUAAAUUAAGCAACUUUUGCUUAUCGUUGAA